GUUACCCCACUGUAAUUCACAUAACCUAGAAUGUAAUGUUCGUUUGAAUUUUGUUUACCAUUUUCGCGCAUUUUCAUACGUCGCAUCAAAAUUUCAAGUUUCAGGCCAACCAUGCCGAAAAUUAAAAUAGAAAACGUUGUUUCAUUUAGCACAGAAGAUCCUCAUCAUCCUGCAUCUAAUAUCCUCAAUUCAGAUCCAGGCAGAAAGUGGAAAUGUGCACGCCCAGGUGAAAAGUCUGCCAGUAUAGUUUUACAACUGGAGAAAGCAGUUCAGAUAUCUGGCAUUGAUAUUGGCAAUGAGAAUUCUGCAUAUAUUGAGGUAUUGGUAAGUCGCUCAAGCAGCAAUGAGUUUAAACCAUUGCUGGGUAUGACAUCCUUCAUGACCUCCUUGGAGGCUAGGAAUCAUCAGAAUAUUAAUCAAGUGAGAAUGUUCACUAGUAAUAAUUUCUCACAACCAGAAGGCAGUGAGAAGUGGGAUAGAGUUAAGAUUGUUUGUAUUCAACAAUACAACAAACAUGUACAAUAUGGGCUAUCCUUUGUUACAAUGCAUUGUAAUGAAGGAAGUGGACUUGCUGGGAAAAGGAAUGUGAACAAGUUUACUCUGCGGGCUGACUCUCCUACUUCUUUUAGUGUAGGAACUUUGUUUUCUAAAGAACGGGAAAAUUUGAAAUUGGAUGUCAUUCCAUCAACAUCAUUAAAAGGUGCAGCUGCAAUUAGAGAGGCAUCUACAAAACCAUCACAUUCACCACAUAGAUUUCCAAUCGUCAAACGACCACCAACUUCAAGUCCGCAACCGUCAACAUCUAAAGACGAUUCGAACGACAGUGAAGAAUCAAAAGACAAAAAUCGUAAUCGGAAAAAUUUGCUUUAUGAUGAUGAAGACGAAGCACCCAAUGAUAAAAUUGAUCGCCUCAUAGAAAUAAAGCAAAAAGAAGAUGCUGAAAAGCAAAAAUUAAAAGAAAAAGCAGAUAGUAAGAAGGCGACACCAAAUAAAACACCUAAGAAUACAAAUGGUAAAACUGGAAAUAGUAACCAAGUCAGAAAAAGAAAAACAGAUACCCAACCAAGUGUGCUUGAUCCUGACAGCUCGAAAAGCCCUAAAAAUCGGCGAACUGUGGAUGUUUUAAAGGAUGUUAAUACCACGCCACCCAAUGCUGGACCAUCCUCACCUACCACUUCAAAACAAAAGCGACGAUCAUCAGAAAUAGAUGAGAGUAACGAAAGUCCGCGCAAAAAAAUGAAGGGAGCAAAUGGCGAGGAAAGGAAACACCAAACUAAACGUUAUGAAAAUUUACUAGAAGGUGUUGUGUUUGUUAUCAGCGGUAUUCAAAAUCCGGAGAGGGCGCAGCUACGAACGAGCGCAAUGGCGUUGGGUGCAAAAUACAAAGCUGAUUGGGAUAAAACAUGUACGCAUUUAAUUUGUGCAUUCGCAAACACACCAAAAUUCAAUCAAGUACGUGGCAAAGGUAAGAUAGUAAAGAAGCAAUGGAUAAUUGAAUGUGAAAAGCAAAGGAAGCGACUCCCAUGGAGGCGAUUUUGUCUGGAUCGCAGAGAUAACACCGGAAACGAAAGCGAAGAUGAGAUUUGGGAGGAGGUUGAGUUAUCUGAUAGCGAAGAACAAGGAUAUACUGCAGAUCGGGAUACUGAUGAGGAAAUCGAGCGAAUUCAUCGUAUAAUGCAAGGACAAGAAGAUAAGAAACUAAUGGGGGACGUGAAUGGCAACAAAGAUACAAAACUAGAGGAGUUACCAGCAUUGCCAAACUACUUCUCUGGGCUUAAGUUUUAUUUAAGUGAGAAUUUGGGUUCUUUAAGAAGGGAUCUUACGAGAUAUAUUGUUGGAUAUGACGGAAAAAUAAUAGAAGAUUAUGAACAUAUCGAUAAGGGAGUGAUAGCAAUCUCAUAUAGCCAUGAAACGGACGAAAUCCAAGAACUGCGCAAACACACUGGUCAAUUAAUAUCGCCGCUUUGGCUCCUCGAAUGUCACAAUAAAAAGUGCCUCCUUCCAUUUGACGACUUUUCUUUGUGAGUUUUAUAUUUAUUAUUUUAUAAUCGUCGCAUUAAUGGCAUCUUCAACUGAAGUGAAGUUACUAUCUAUUAAUUAUUAUUCAAUUUGACAAUUUCGUUGGACUCUCUGUGAGUGAGGUUUGUUAAUGGUUUGUUAAUGCAAUUGAUACAAGUGUUAUUGAACUAAUGAAACUUACUUGGGCUGACUGCUUGAGCAGAGUUGAUUUGAUACAAUUAAGGGAACUAAUGAAAAGGAGCGCUAUCAAUCUCGUUAAGCAUAAAUAACAAAUAAAAAAAAUACCCACGCCGAAAACACUAGCAAUCUUGUUAUUGCUCCUUGGCACAUUGAAAUGAACCACUAAAUGAAUAUGUUUACAACUUAUAAGUAAACAGAGUGUUGCAUAAAAACGAAUAUAAAAUAUCGAUAUAAUAAUACAUUUCAUUGAAAGUGUUUUUUAAAAAUAGAAUUAACUGUAAGAUCUUCUUAUUAUAAUUGAUAAAUUGUUCAGAUUAUUAUGAUUAAAAGAGCUCUAUGUCCCUUUA